AUGCAUGUUGAGGUAUUGUGGCUUGAUGUCAUUGAGAAAUUGCACAAACCUAUCGGUGACCAAUCCACCUUCGGUAAAGAGAUCGUCUAUGUAUCGAUAAUUGCCAAUCUCGAGUACGCAAGUGUCGUUUCGAUCAAAUUCGAAUCAUACACAGAGUACUGUGAUUUGAAUCGUCGAAAUAGAUCCUCUUGCAAGAAACCGAGUACAUUGAUCUUUGUUCUUCCAUCUUCCAAAGCAUUUUCUGUUCAUUGGGCCACAAACAAAAAUACAAACAGACAAGGAAGUAUCCUGUGCACGAGAAGAAGAUGCUUUAGAAAAGUCCCAUACAAACAGGUCAACUAA